GGUUGAAAAAACAAGCUAGGCAUGCUCGUUUUACUCUCACAAGACACCCGACUCCUCGUCGGCACCUUGGUCCGCUUCUAAAACCCUAGCAGAAGCGCGGUGAUUCGAGCAAAGCUGAUGACUAUAGACGACGACAACUCUAUUUACGUUGGCGGCCUCCCCUACGACGCUAGUGAGGCCGACCUCCGCCGUGCCUUCUCCCUGUACGGUUCGGUGGUCGCCGUGAAGAUAAUUAAUGAUCGUGAAGUUGGUGGAAAAUGCUAUGGCUUUGUCACCUUUACUAACCCCAGAUCUGCUGUUGAUGCUAUCAGCGAUAUGAAUGGCAGAACUAUUGGUGGGAGAGUUGUCAGAGUUAAUGACGUUCGACCUAGAGGUGUGAGGCCAAAUUUUCAACGUGACAAUUUUCAUCGUGAUGCCGGGAGGGAAGUUGAUUGGGAUAAUGAAAGGGAUAGAGAGAGGGAAUACGUACGUGAUAGAGAACGCUAUAAAGACAGAAAUCAUGAGAGAUCUAGAGACCGGGAUAAGGAAAGAGAAAGAGAUCAUAAUUAUGCUCGUGACUUUGAUCGUGCAAGAGAGCAAGCUGUAGAUCGAAGUCGGGAUCAAGAUAAUCAAGUUCACGCACAUGACCGCGAUCGGGACUGGGAAAGAGAUAAUGAAAGUGAUUUUGAUGAAGAUCGAGAUGUAGAUGAAGAUCAUGACGCAAGUAGGGAUAAGGGUCAUCAAACCAAAAAUAAGCUUCGUUCUCACUCUGAUGACCGCCAUAGUAGAGAGCUGUCAUCAGAAUUCAGUGAAAAGCACAAUGACCAGGUCAAAGAGCAAUUGGAGAUAUCCAUUCAUAGGCGCGAUGAGCUUCAGAGAGAGCUUGAUCAUCUUGAAGACAAGAUUGAAGCGAAGGAGCAACUUGUUUCAGAUUUGCAGAAGAAAUUUCAGAAAUAUGAGGAAGCAGUGGCUGCUACAAAGAAACUCUCUUCUCAACGUCAAUUAUUACUAGCUAAACUGCACAAGAGCUUCCUACAAGUACAGGACUAUACUGAAAAGCUCAAAACAUCUGAACAGGAUCUCCAGGUACUAGUUGAUAAUGCAAUGUCUGAAGUUCACGAUGGUGAUGAUGUAUCAACCUAUGCAAAUGGCCAGAUUUAAGUCCCUGAGCCAGCUUUGCAUAUUGAGUAAAAUUCCGUUUAAGGAUUAUUUUUCUGUUCGAAGAAUGUAGAUGCAGAAAAUGUUUUUCUUUAGUAUUAGUUACAUAAUAUAAAUUGCCUAACGGCCUUUCAUUUAUUUUAGGGUUGUACAUGGAUCUUGUUGGUCUUCUUUCAGCCUGUUUGUUUAAUUGCUAAGUGCAGCUGUAAGCUUCCCUUUCGUAUCGAAAUUUUGAUUAAUUUAUAAAUGUUGAAUCCUGUAGGCUGGUUUAGAAUUGCA